ACAUCGUUCAGCUUUUGAGUGUAUAUUAACGAGUCCGAGUUUGGAUCGUUUGGAUACAGGAACAAUCUACGCAAACGAGCUCAUCUAUUCUCAACAUGCGGUACAUCCUUCUCCUUUCGUUGGUUCUUUGUGGCCUGUUCGCACAUGGAUUGUGCGAAGAUUCCGAUGAGACCGACUCCAUUAUCGGCGGAGCAGUUGCCCGCAAGGGCCAAUUUCCUUACAUGGUCUACUUUAGAAACCAGGUAACAGGAAAACUGUUUUGCUCCGGAACUUUAAUCACACCCUACAAAGUCCUAACGACCGCUUGGUGUUUCCCAAGUUUCCAACCAAGUGUACCGAUAACAGCAUGGAUGAACACCGUGUCACUGAUUCCGGAUGUUGACAGAGUGGUGCGGGGUGUCAUCAGAGUCGUCCGAGCUCCAGAUUACAACCCAGCAACUGGCAUGCACGACAUUGCCGUCGUUACAUUGGACGCACCUGUCACUUUUGUGCCACCAGUGCGGCUCGGUUUCGGGAUGUACGUCAAUAGCGGACUCUCAGCUGGUGUCGUCGGUUGGGGAAACUCGGGUGCGACUCAACUCACUACAUACCUGCGCAGCAGUUUCAUCACUAUUCAACCCAAAUCGGUGUGCAUGGCGGCCUUCGGCAACCCUAAUUUCGGAAGCCAAUUUUUCAUCUGCGCCGCAUCUCCUGGUGUUGGUAGUUGUUCGCUUGAUGCUGGCAGUCCGAUCCUGCUGAACGGAUUUCAAAUUGGUAUCAGCAGCCAAGCCCGUUGCGGCGGAGGAGAGCCUGUAGUGGGUGUCGAUGUCCGAUCCUAUGAAGCUUGGAUCAGAAGAAACUUAUAAUCUAAUUGAAAAAUUUUGAUUAUUCAUAAAUAAGCUCGAUUGAGGAACAGAAUGAGUUUAUUUUCAGUUGAUUCUGCUCGUUUCCUUUAUUAUCCUAUACUUAUUAUUAUUAUCCCACGGUGGAAUACAUUAUUCGUGACAACCA